AUGUCGAUGACGAAACGGGGACGCGGGCGGCCGAAAUCCACGGUUCCACCGUCACCGGAGACUCUUACCAACUCUAAUACACCAAAGGUUGUUUCAAGAGUCACCACUACGAUGAGCGAAGCUGGGAAAAGUACUGAGAAGAUAAACGAGAAAGUGCCCACCGAAACCCUAACAGAACAGACACAGGUGAAGCCGGAAGAACGGAAACUCUGGGUUGACGUUAUUAGUGAUAAUCGGAACCCUACUAAGGGAUUGUCUAUGGAAUACGUUGCACCAAAGGUAAUUAAUGGAGUGAUUGAAAUAGAUAUUGAACAGGAAGACAUUGAAACAAAAUUAUGA